AACAGGCACACUGGCCAGUAUCGCAACAAAUAAAAUAAUAAUAACAAGAAUUCGCAAAACAUUGAAGAACUAAAUGGAAAUGCGACCACCAAGCGCCCCGCCCCACUGACAAUUCAGGUGCAGCAAUGGCCAUGCCUGCGCCCACAUACGUGGCAACCGAAGCAACAGCCGUAGCAACUACGUCGGAAAGUGCCGUGGAAUUGCAGCGAAAACAGCAACAACAACGCCUGGCAAGAAAUUCCCUUCUGUCGGAAUUGAGAAGAUCGACAAUUUUCUGGUUUCGUGCGAAGUCAUCGGACGGAUUCCAGUUGCUAUCGCAGAGCUGCACCCGGAUACUGCAGCAUGGAAUGUUGCUGCCCGUGGAGCUGCAGAGACUGGCGGAUGACUUUGAGUUCCUGCUAGCAAGUGCAGGCAAAAGGCAGACACAACAACCACCGCCACAGCUACAAUCACAACAGCAGUCCCAGUCGCAUCCGGCUGUAGUAUUCGGUGCUGAAGAGUUCCUUGUGCAGUGGACAGAGCGUUCGCUGCGUGCCCAGUGCCUGACGCAGUGCCUGCAGACCUUAGUCUCCGAUCCAGAGCUAAUGGACUUUUAUUAUCCCAGCAAGGAGGCCUUUCUGCGUAAUUCGAGCGAUGCCACCGCCCUGUUUGUGUGCCUAACGGCUGUCCAGAUGAAUCAAAGCGGUUUGCUUGGACAAUUGGAGGUGCGAAAUAAGUUACGCCAUCGCCGCACCUGCUCCCAGCCGAACUUUAGCAUCUCGCCCAAGCUCCAGGCCGUGCCCGAGGAGCAGAGGCAGCAGAGACGAAGCUUUCUGCGGCGACUGAAGAGUCUGCCGAAUCUAAAGCACGAGGAAGUGGAGCCAGAAGAGAGCGGCUUCAGUCGACGACGCUGCCAGACGUUCAGCAGCUGUAGCAGAAGCCACCGGCCAAGGGAAGACUUUGUGGAUGCCCCGGCAUCUACAAGUUCCUGCUCGUCCAGCGGUGGCAGUCCAAAUAAACGUAUACAACUUAUAAACUGUGAUGACAUUAAAAUCUGGACCGAUCUGACGCCACAAGAGCAACAAGUGCCCCGUGAAAUGGAAGAGAUACCGAGAGCAACAGCAGCAGCAGCCUCCUCCACUUCCUCGUCGGUGGGCAGUUUCUUGGGCAGCCUAUUUGGAUCACCGCCCGUGUAUACCAGCUGGUUCCAGAGGGGCCUAGGUGAGGACCUAAAUGCCACCGGCGAGGGCGGCGUCUUAGACAACUUCCUGGCCAUAAAUGGCCGAAAGCUCAAGAAACAGCAGACCCUUUUCGAGGGCGUCAGCAUGCUGGAUGAGGCUGCAGCUGCUGCUGCGUCGGCUCCCUGCACAGCAUCGGCACCCUGGGAUAUCCAAAGAUCGGCGGCAGCAAGCAGCAGCAGUACCGCCUCAACGACAGCCUCCAGUUCGGUGAGCAUUACGCCGGGCAGCGAUAAGCUGGACCAGCAAUCGCUGGCCUCCUUCCUUCAAAUGUCCCGACAGACGCACAACAAUACCCAGUUGGAAAAGGAGAAUGCCCAUUUUCGGAUUUCGGAGGCCUGCAUCACAGCCAUCGAGCAUGUGAAGUGGAGUCGUAGGCUGGAGGCAAGACCAGAUCACAGUCCCAGCAACCGGAAUCUAGCGGAACCAAAUCUAAUGCCCUAUGCCGAGCAGAUUGCCGGCGGCGGGGAGAACCACAGUGCGGAGGCAGUGGGUCUGCAGUUGAUAUCGCGCUUCAGUGACCAGCAAUUGCCACGAUUGAGCCAUCUCAAGUGGCUCGUUUCCGAACAGGAGGCGCCGCAAAAACUUCUGCCGCUGCCAAUGCCCAAAAAGGAUCACGAGCAAUCCAGCCUGACCAGGGGCACAUCCAGUUGGGCACCGCCUCGCCAGCAAAUCAUAUUCACCGAACAUCCCACAGAGAGUCGGGCCCAGUUGCUCGCCAAGCAGAAUCAACGCUGUGCCGGCUGCGGAAUGCGUGUGGCAAAGCAUCUUCAGCAGCAUUUUCGCUACUGCAGUUACCUUGGCAAAUACAUGUGCACUGGCUGUCAUCGCAAUCAAAUAUCCGCCAUUCCAGCGAGGAUUCUACGCUCCUGGGACUUCCGGUGCUAUCCAGUGUGCUCAUUUGCAUAUAAACUAAUUGAGCAAAUGUACGCCUUUCCGUUAUUUCAUGUCCCUGAUCUUAAUGGGCAGCUGUACAAGCACAAGGAACUGGCCACCGCCAGGAGGAGGAGACAGCAACUUCAGACGGUCAAAAGUUUUAUAGCAAAUUGUCGGUUUGCUGAGAGAGAGCAAGCCUUCUUCAAUGUUAUUCCUGCUCACAUUACCCAAGACCCGGACAUGUGGUCCAUGUGUGAUUUUGUGGACGUGCAAAACAGCAGCAUGAAUCGAUCCAUCAAGGAGGUAAUAGCAUUAAGUGAACAACAUGUCCGCAACUGUGUGCUCUGUACUGGUCGUGCCUUUGUCUGCGAACACUGCAAAGGUGGCGAGCUUGUUUACCCUUGGCAACGAAAAGUAUAUCGCUGUGAUCGAUGUGGCGCCUGCUUCCAUCACAGCUGCUGGAAGAUCCGGUGUCGCAGUCGCAGCAACAAUAGCUAUCCGUGUUCCAGGUGCUCCCGUCUACAGAGUCGGGCCAGCUAGCAUUCGCUUGAAAUUUGGUUUCUUCGCCAUCUGUGUAAAUGCAAAAGACACUUGAGAAAUGGAAAUUAAUCGAGUUGAUUUUGAGAGAAUUAAUUGAUAAAUUUAUAAUUGCCUUUGCUACUAAUUCAUUCAAUAUAUCCUUUAUAUUUAUUCUUAAUGACAUCCAACUCAUAA